UUGUUUUUUUUUAAAUCCUUAAAAAAUCCUGACAGAAGGAAUGUGAGGUGCUGGUGAAAGAUGUGUGAUUUCCACGCUGGAAUUUGUCCCGAUUCCAGCUGAUACAACACUUGCACUUUCUGUGGUCAGAAUCGGUAUUUUAUGGUCUUCAUUUCGGUUCUUAUCAUAUCCCGGGGAUUAAAUGAGAUUUCCAGCCCCACAGAGUCAGCGUGACAUUACUUGACGGUGUGGUAUGUUUUUCCUCACUGGAUGAUCUCAUCCCUGCUGUCAUAUUGCCAGUGACAAUGAGAUGCUUUAGAAGUAGUUUGCCACCCUGCGAACAGACUGGAUGUUGGGGUUCUCUGCCUGCCACUCCAUAAAGGCUGCAGCAUUGAACAGAACAAUGAAGUUGUUGGUCUUGGCUUUAACCGCCGCCCUGCUGUUUACAGCUGGUGAAGCCCUGAACUGCCACCGGUGUGUCCCAAGACACGCUGGAGAAACCUGUGAGCUUUCUGUAGAAACCUGUAAACCAGGGAAGGAUGGCUGUGCUGCUGCCAAGUUCCUCAGAGCACCAUAUGGCCAAUACCAGAAAUGCAUGGCUCUGUCAGACUGCACCAUGCUGAAGCUGAAUGCCUACAUCGAUAUAAAGUGUUGUGGCGACGACAUGUGCAACAACUUAUAAAGUUCAAUGUAAAAACCAAAGAAAAUGACCGUAUCUUGGAGUAUGUUUGUGCAAGGCACUAAAAACCAAUGACUCCUGCAGACUGCUGUUGCUGCAGGCAGCUCCCAUGAUGGGAAUGCAUGUAUUCUAAGUGGCUACUUCUUUAGGACAAACAAAAUAAGCAGUUUAUUCUCUGAACAAAUAAAAAAGUUAGAACAA